GUGUCAAAUUUCUGUUGACAUUUUAUUAACGUCAAUCAGUUUGUGUAUUUUGUGAAAAUCCUCGAAAUCGAUGGGUUUUCCACCCGCAAUGUGGUAAAAUUUCUCCAGUGGUAGUUUCUAGACUCCCCGCAAGUUUAGUUUUCGCCCCUCGUGUGUGAAAAAGGACCGAAGAUAGACUCCGUGUGGGGUUGGGCGUCUCCGCCCUUGCGCCUCCAACUGGCCUCCCACAUUCGAGGCACCUGCAGAAUGGGGGAGAUGGCAGUUGGAGACCGCCCCCCGUCUCCAGCACGACUCUCCCACACUUCGGACAAGCACCCCAAGAACACCCUCUCGGAGCUGAACGUGUUGCGCCGCCACCGGGAGCUCUGCGACGUGGUCCUCAACGUCGGCACGCGGAAAAUCUUCGCGCAUCGCGUCAUCCUCAGCGCCUGCAGCCCCUAUUUCCGGGCCAUGUUCACCGGCGAGUUGGCGGAGUCCCGCCAAACGGAGGUCACAAUCCGGGACAUUGACGAGAUUGCCAUGGACCUACUCAUUGACUUUUGCUACACCUCGCACAUCAUCGUCGAAGAGUCCAACGUGCAAAUGCUACUCCCAGCAGCUUGUCUCUUGCAACUGACUGAAAUCCAGGACAUCUGCUGCGAAUUCCUGAAACGUCAAUUAGACCCCACGAAUUGUCUCGGGAUUCGGGCCUUCGCCGACACGCAUUCCUGUCGCGAGUUGCUCCGCAUCGCCGAUAAAUUCACCCAACACAACUUCCAAGAAGUGAUGGAAAGUGAGGAGUUUUUGCUACUACCAGUCGGACAAUUAGUCGAUAUUAUCUCAAGUGACGAGUUAAAUGUGCGCACCGAGGAGCAAGUCUUCAAUGCGGUCAUGUCCUGGGUGAAGUACAACGUCACCGAGAGACGCCAACACCUCCACCAGGUGUUACAACAUGUCAGAUUGCCGUUACUCAGUCCUAAGUUUUUAGUCGGUACUGUCGGGUCCGAUUUACUGGUUCGGUCCGAUGAAUCGUGUCGGGAUCUCGUUGACGAGGCUAAGAAUUAUCUUUUGUUGCCCCAAGAACGGCCCCUAAUGCAGGGGCCUAGAACCAGACCGAGGAAGCCGACAAGACGUGGAGAGGUUCUAUUUGCGGUUGGGGGAUGGUGUAGUGGAGAUGCUAUCGCCUCUGUGGAGAAGUUUGACCCACAGACGAUGGAAUGGAAGAUGGUGGCGCCGAUGAGUAAGAGGAGGUGUGGAGUUGGAGUUGCCGUUUUGAACGAUUUGUUGUAUGCGGUUGGAGGGCAUGAUGGCCAGAGCUAUCUUAACAGUAUUGAAAGAUACGACCCCCAAACGGACCAAUGGUCAUGCGACGUGGCCCCUACGACCUCCUGUCGUACAAGUGUCGGUGUGGCCGUCCUCGACAACCUCCUCUACGCCGUGGGGGGUCAAGAUGGGGUCCAGUGUUUGAAUCACGUCGAACGCUACGAUCCUAAAGAGAACAAAUGGACGAAAGUAGCCCCCAUGACGACGAGACGUCUUGGAGUGGCCGUUGCAGUCUUAGGUGGUUACUUAUACGCAAUAGGGGGCUCCGAUGGUCAAUCACCAUUAAAUACAGUUGAACGAUACGAUCCAAGACACAACAAGUGGGCUCUGGUUAGUCCAAUGUCAACACGAAGAAAACAUUUAGGCUGUGCUGUCUUUAAUAAUUUAAUUUAUGCGGUUGGUGGAAGAGAUGACUGUAUGGAAUUGUCAAGUGCUGAACGGUAUAAUCCACAUACGAACACUUGGAGCCCCAUUGUGGCGAUGACGUCAAGAAGAAGUGGGGUCGGUUUAGCGGUGGUUAACGGUCAAUUGUAUGCAGUAGGGGGCUUCGACGGAACGGCCUAUUUAAAAACAAUUGAAUUCUAUGAUACUGAACAAAAUCAAUGGAGGCUUUGCGGUUCUAUGAAUUAUAGAAGACUAGGAGGCGGAGUUGGCGUUAUGAGAGCCCCACAAACUGAAAAUCGGAUAUGGUAGUUAAAGCUUAAGGAAAAACAAACUUAUUAUGUGUGGUUGCCUUUUGCUCACAAUUUUGUAUAAUUGGAUCAUUUUUAAAACAAUUGGGUUUUAAUGAUGACACGUACAAGAUUGUAAGAUUGUGAUUUGUAUUAUAUUUUGUGUUCUCUGUCUUUAGGAAAGUUGCAAUUUUAUUAUUUGAGGUUCAUUUUGUGGAUCAGAAUAGACCCACAUUGGAGCCGAUUGUAUAUUUAUUAGUUAAAUUAUUUAUUUUACAUUAAGUUUAAUAUACUCAUUUAAGAAUUCCAUACCUGCAAAUAUAUAGUUUUAGAAAGCUUC